AUGACCAAAAAGCAGAGAAUGUUUCAAAGUCGUCUCUUGUCAGAAUCAACAGAAACAAUGGGCAACAUAAAUAAAGCGAAGUUCAUUAAAUACGGAGCAGACUUUAGCAUCACAACAUGCGAUGAUUUCGGUUUGGAACAUAUUAUUGAAUAUUAUUCUACGCACGCUGAGCUGAUGUCCGACUGGGAAUUAACUUUUGUAUGA